AUGCCGAGUCCCCGGCAGGUGCAGUGGGGACGCAGUUCACGGACACAGCCUUCAACUCCUGGUCGACGACGACGUGACAUUCCUUCCACGCCCAACAGCGGUGGUGGUUCCGGGAAUGUCGCACGUCGACACGUCCUCCAGUCACAAACAUCGGUAACCAUUGACCAGCCAAUCGACUACACAGGACUCUCCCUAGAAGAGGAGGAUGAGGAGGAGGAGGAGGAGGAAGAGGAGGGGAGUUCGGGGACUCGAAGGUGCCUUUACACAUCCUACCUCCGACGAAGGCUGAAGGAAACCAGACCUUGCAGCAUGGAUGAGGGGAAACUAGAAUGUCUUCACACAAUCAAUCCCAGAAGACUGCAGAGGAGUAAUGCUUCGUCCUCAAGGGCAAUGUCAUUCGAGAAUCCCUACUACGAGGAAUCGGAAGACUUGUCCUGCUACCCCAGUUCUCACCUUCGUCCUCUAGAAAAACCUCAACUUCAGAACAUUCAAAGCUCCAUGGCUGAGGAGGAGGAAUCGGAUUUACUUGAUACAACAGCCGAUUCGAUUGGUAGGGCCCCCAAACACGACCUCUUUGCUUGUCCACCAGUUUCUGAAGCAGAUGCAAUCCAAGAAACAACUAAGCGCAUCUAUAAACCCAAUCUUCAUCGAUCAGUGACUACUGUCGAUGGCAAUCAUAAAAGAAGUGAAACCGAGGAAGCAGUGUCAUCUCGCAAGCCACCCUCCAUGCUUUACAUUCGAGGACGGACAUCAUCGCAAAACCCCCGUUGGGCAUCUCGAAUUGCGCGCAUGAAGUCACUGCAACGAAGCAGCACAAUCGAUACACGGGUUAACACUGUACAGUGGAAUCCUAGUUUUUGUUUGGCGAAUCCCCUUGCUGACGCCAAAUCCUGUGACACAGGACUAGACGCAUACCACCCCCUGCACAACUCAGCGGGUAACAUUCACCAGUGGCUUUGGACAGAAGAAAACCAACGGGCACAAAUGCCGCAGCAUUCCAACUAUCCCGGGAAAGUGGGGCAGACGAAAUGCUUUGUAGAUGUAGGAACUCAGUACUUUCCCCCACCACAUUCAAAGGAGAUGGAACAGGCUUCCAACAUUGAAAUGGGGGUAAUCGGCUGGAAGCCGAAAGUGUCCAUGAGUCUGCCAGACCCCACACUUCAAACAUCCCCUUCCGGUGACGUUGGUUUGGCGGGGCAAGGUUUGGAAGCUGCGGGAGGAGCAACGCGUGUUGACGGACAGAUUUCUGUAAAUGCUGCUGCCGUCGCGGAUGGCCAUGUUGAGGAGCUUUCCGACCCGAGCAAACACAGCACCUCGAGUUAUUUGAAGGAACAGUUCUUCGCAUUCUUUCAACCAUCGGACAACAAACUGGCAAUGAAGUUGUUCGGUAGCAAAAGUGCACUAAACAAAGAAAAGCGGAGACAGCAACAACACGGAAAGUGGAUUAUCCAUCCUUGCAGCAGCUUUAGGUUCUACUGGGAUCUCCUAAUGCUCACACUUUUGAUUGCCAACCUCAUUAUUCUUCCAGUUGCCAUCUCAUUUUUUUACGACGACCUUCGAGCACACUGGAUUGUAUUUAACUCUGUUUCAGAUGCAGUUUUCAUCGCAGACAUCGCAGUUAAAUUCCGCACGGGGAUAAUUGCGAAUGACUACGCAGAUGAAAUUAUCCUCGAUCCCAAGGAAAUCGCCCGUCAGUAUGUUCGAUCGUGGUUUUUACUUGACCUAAUCAGCUCAAUCCCCAUGGAUUAUAUUUUUUGGGUGCUCAAUAAACACGAAAACUACAACCAGAUACUGACUGCAGGACGCACGCUACGGAUCUUGCGGUUGGCCAAAUUGCUCAGCAUGCUUCGACUUUUACGCCUUACAAGACUUGUAAGAUACGUUAGCCAAUGGGAAGAGUUCCUCAACAUUGCCAGUAAAUUCAUGGGCAUUUUCAAUCUUGUUCUUUUGAUGCUACUUCUUGGUCACUGGAACGCCUGUCUCCAGUUCCUCAUUCCUCUCCUCAUGGACUAUCCUGAGGAUUCCUGGGUCCAACGGUGCAGGCUUAAGGAUGCAGACUGGUUCGAGCAGUACACCUGGGCCCUCUUCAAGGCCAUGUCCCACAUGCUAUCGAUUGGGUACGGCAGGUUCCCUCCCACGAGCAUCAGCGAGGCCUGGAUCACCAUUGUGAGCAUGAUGACCGGCGCCACGUGCUACGCCCUCUUUGUCGGCCACGCAGCGGCCCUCAUCCAAUCCUUCGACACGUCUAAGCGACUGUAUCGGGAGAAGUUCAAGCAGGUGGAGGAGUACAUGGCCUAUCGCAAGCUGCCUCGAGCGCUUCGUCAGCGCAUUGCCGAUUACUACGAGCACCGAUAUCAAGGCAAAAUGUUCGACGAGGCGCAAAUCCUACAAGAACUUUCCGAGUGUCUGAGAGAGCAAAUUAUCAAUUACAAUUGUCGCGAACUCGUAGCAGCCGUGCCCUUUUUCACCUAUGCUGAUCAGGAUUUCGUCUCAGAGAUGGUGGCGAAUCUGAAAUUUGAAGUAUUCCAGCCCGGGGAUCUAAUUAUCAAAGAGGGUACGAUCGGAACAAAGAUGUAUUUUAUACAGGAAGGAAUCGUGGAUAUUAUUACAAAAGAUGGAGAGAUCGCUACAACCCUUUCUGAUGGAUCCUACUUUGGUGAAAUCUGUUUGCUGACCAACGCGAAACGUGUAGCCAGUGUUCGUGCCGAAGUCUACUCAAAUCUCUAUUCUCUGGAUCGAGACAGUUUUCUGACCGUGCUAAAUAAUUACCCCCUAAUGCGUCGCACAAUGGAGUCCGUGGCCGCGGAGCGUUUGAGCAAAAUCGGCCAAAACCCCUCAAUCGUGAGUGCGCGCGAGGACUUAAAAGCCGAUCUUAGCCUGGUUAAGGAAAUCGUGAGCUCCGUUGUCGAAUCGGACAGUGAUUCGAAAAGUGAUGGCAACGAUGUCGAAGGUGAUGAAAAGAAUAGGGAAAAGAAAACCAUUGAUCGGAUUCGCAGGGUAAUCCAAAAGGCCAAAUCACGUAAGAAGCCCUCCAAACCCAUCCAGGAUAAGGGCGAAGUGGAGGCGAUUCCGAAACAGGAUUCUAUCAAUGGAUCUACUGCGUCGAAAUUAGAUACAUUGCAGAAACGUCAGCAUGACCCUAUCCUGUGCUUAAGUUCCGGGAUGUCAAGGCUAUUUAGACGCGGUGGAGUUUUCGGCGAGCAUACGGAUAGUGAAAGCGAGGCGUAUCUAUCAUGGGACCGAGCUCGUCACCAGAGAUUCUCAAGAACCCCUGCGCCUGUGCUGAGCACACAGCAAACCACUCUUCAGCGUGGCAGUGACUGUGAACACGCAUUGUAUAGUGCUCCAUCAAGCCCGAACGAGACACUUCCCUUAAUACGAGUUGAGGGGGCGUCGUCGGACCCUCUAGUCACUGACUCGGAACUCGCCACUCAUCCCACAUCGUCUCCUGCACUGCCACGCACAUACCACGAGUGA